AUGCCGACCUUGGUCAUGGGCAUGCUGCCCACCCGCCAGGGGGAAACGCUCCAGCCCUGCUCUAAAGAUAGCCAGAGGCAGGGCCUCUUCUCCCAUGGGCCCGUGGGGAGACCAGCCGAUGGGAAGGUCGGUGCCGUGCCCAGGGAAGAUGGGCUCUGUCUGCCUGUGGCUGUCGAUGACCUCAUGGCUGCCCUGAGUUGGCCCCGGCCCUCCCAGCAGCUGGAUGUGCUCCGGGCUGUUCCCCAUGUGUCCUGGUCUGACUACACUGAGGAACUGGGCCCUGGGGGCAAGGCCUGCAGCCUCCCCCUGUGGUCCACAUGCCAGGAGGCCAGGGAUGGCGACAGCUCUGUGUCAUCAGGCCGCCUCUCUGGCUCCUCGGGGGGCCACGAGUCAUGCGUGCCUCCCCAUGGGCCCUGGAAGGAGAGGCUGCCCCAGGUGCUGAGGCCCCAGCGACAGCCCAGGAGGAGCGACCCGCGGCUGGAGCAGCUGAGAGACAAGAUCCGGGCCCAGGCGCAGUGGCAGGCGAGCUGUGCUUCCCUGGGCACCUCGGCACCCUCCAGUGCCUCCCGCCUCUCCACGGCCUGCUCGCCAGCGCUCCGGAGAAAGACUCGCAAGGUGGCCGAUGCCCUUCCUGCACCUGCAAACCCAGACUCCAGCUACCUGAGCACGGCUGGGCGUAGAACUGAAGACAAGUCAUCUUCGAGCCGGGGACUUGAGCUCUCCAGGGUCUGCCAGCACCAGGCUUCGGUUCUGCGGGAGAAAACCAAAAGGAUCAAAAGCAGCUCUUGCAAAAGAGAGAAAGCCCCCAAGUUGCCCUCCCCCAGGAGAGCUGCCAAGGACAAAGAUUCUGAGUUGGUUGGUGUUCACGCCUGGAGAAAAGGACAAGCUCUGGUGAGGUUGCUGCUCGGGCCCCCUCCCGCCCUCCCCAGGCUCCAGAGCAAGGCACCCUCAGGAGACCCAGCCCCCGCCGCAGAAUUAGGAGACGGCAAGAGAGUUGCAGCUGCCCAGCGCUUGCCUGUCCACGACCGGUCGCCCAGCCCCACCUCUGCCCGCAGUGGCCAGCAGGUGUCUGAUGACACACCCAGCCGGACUUCCUGUAAUCCGCCAGAGACAAUCCAGACUGCGAUGGCCAUCCUGCGAGACCUCCGCCAGCAAAUCCAGGCCGGGCUGGAGUUGGCCCAGGGCCACAGGAGGGGACGGAAGCUGCAGCAGCCCAAGCUGUGUCCACGGGACCUGGCACAGCGGAGUCAGCAGGGUCUCCCGAGUGCCCCGGAUGCGCAGGGCUCCUUGGCGAAGAGUCCCUGGGUCUCAGCAGAAGGAAAGUGCUACCCUUUAGAGAGGGCUGGGAGCUCCCCCACCCGGCGGCCCUGGAGCCCCUCAGUCAAGUGGCAAGCCUGUCCGCAGAGGGCCUGGGUGGCCCGAAGACAGGGCCCCUCUUUCCAGAGACCUGGCAGCCCCCCUGAGAGGCUGGGCUCUUUCUCCCAGCGGCCCUGGAGUGCCUCGGCCGGGCAGGCUUGGGCGCCUUAUGAAGACCGGGAGGUCCCUGCCCCUAGAACCUGCAGCCCUCUGGAAAGACACGCCCCUGCCCAGCGUCCUUGGAGCACCUCCUUUGUGCAGAGGGCUGGCGCCCCGGGCAAUGGCAGAGGCGACGUCCCCGCUCCCUCGGGAGCUAAGCAUUCCUGGCCGAGGCCCACCCGGAGUGUUCCUCAGAACCUGCCCAGGAAGGAGAAGGACAUACCACUGUCACCGCCACCCUCCCCGAAGCCCCAGGGGCCCCUCGGCCACCAGCACAGCUCUGAGUCUGUGCGGGAGUUCGUGCGCCAGAAGGCGCUGGCCCGGCAGUGGCAGGCCCUGGAGGAGAAGGCCUCGGCCAUGCGGACUCUGGAGCUGAGAAACCAGAGGCUGCAGGAAGUCUACAGGCAGCAGAGGGAGGCCGUCCUCGGCAAAGCCGUCCCUGUGGUCUCCCAGACCAGCCCCAGCAUCGUCACCUUCGUCCCCAGUUCUGCACAGUCUGGGGGUCUGGAAGCCCCUGGGAGCCUGGAGUCACCGGUGCUGCAGUGGAGCAAGGUGACCUCCGGCGUGAUGCUGGGGGACCAGGAGGCCCGGGGCAGCUUCUGCCUGUGUCUGAACAGAGCCUGGAGCCGCGCCAAGGCCCUGGAGAUGGGAGAUCCCCGGGGCGGCUGCAAUGCUGCCCCAUCGCUGCCGUCUGCCACUUGCCCCCUGGGGCCCCUGAAGCUCCAGGACCUGACCACCCACUACCUGCCCCACGGGCUGUGCGUCUGCCUGGACCCCCAGGACACUGAGCACCCCGAAGCAUCCAUGCCCCUGCACUUGGAACACAAGCAGGCGCGGCUGCAGGCGCUGGAGACCAUGGCCAGUGUCCUCAAGCAGCGGAUCGACAUCCUGACCGACAAACUGCACAGGCCCGAGGCACUGGACGCUGUUGGGGACUGGGCCUCAGACCUGCCACCUUUGGGCCCCUGCAGCGUGCCUGCUGCCCCCGCACUCACCGCCCCAAACUGCUCUGGAGCCUUGGUGCCCGGCGGGGGCAGAGGGGCGCCCCAGGACGGGGAGGGCAUGCAGGCCCAGCCCCUCCUGUCCCCCACCUACUUCCUGGAUGGCCCUGGCUGGGAGUGGCAGCAGAGUGAGAGCCUGUGGGCCCACCACAAGGGCAAGCCCCAAGGUUUCGUGGAGAAGGGAUGUUCGGAGCUGGAGAAGAGGCCGCAGAGAAGUGCGGCUCCCUUCCGGGCCCGCAGCCCCUUUGCAGGCGGCUCACGAGGGUUGCCAGCCAUACCGGACCCUGCCUUCGGCUCCCUGCGGCUGGAGGAGGUGCCGCCGGCCAGCGGGGCAGGCUUGUGUACCCCCUGGACCACCCAGAGCUGCGGUAAGGGCGUGCCCACGGCCAGGCCCUGGGCUGGCUGGUCGGGUGGCCAGGGAGGUCCGCUGGGGACCCCCUCCACAGCCUAG